UUCAACAUAGAAGUAAUUUUUCAACAGUAUUUAAUUAAUUUCAUUUAAUUUUGACAGUGCAAAGAUUCUUGUUCCAUGAUUAGAACUAAAUGCCUGGGACUGACGAUUUCUCAGUUUGGCAACUGGGAAGCAUGCUUGUGGGGAGGUGGCAGGAAGCGCCUCACGUUGAGAUCUGCAGACACAGUUCCUGCCUGUGCGGGUCAUUGGUGAGUGAGCACCAGGCGUGCUCGGCUAACACACAGCAGCCCCCGCAUGGAUGCUCGUCAGCUGGCACCCAGCUCUGCUGAACUCUGUCUGUCCCAGCCUCAGGACCACUCUGGUUUAACCAUUUGACUAAGAUUUCUAUUUCUAGUAGAUCAAGUACCUUUCAUUGCUAUUUUUUUUUAAAUGGUGGCAAUUCCACAUUUAUUUUUCCAAAUGAAUUUUAUAUUUUGUCAUGUUUUUCACCCAUCCAAAAAAAAAUUCCACUUAUAUUUUAAAUGACUUAAAUUUAUAUAUUAAUUCAAACAAAAGAAACUUUCCACAUUUUAUAUUCCUUACAAUCUUCUGGGACUGUAGUUUUCUUCCUAAACUUUUUAUUUUUCUGUCACCCUGGGUAGAGUGCUAUGGAGUCAUAGCUCACAGCAACCUCCAAUCUCAGCUCAAACAAUCCACCUGCAUCAGCCUCCCAGAGUGCUGGGAUUACAGGUGUGAGCCACUGCCCCUGGCCUCUUCCUAAACUUUUUCUUAGCUAAUACGUCAUUGCUAAAUAGGAUAUUUUGUACCAUACUUUCUAUUUGUUGAUCAAAUAUGGGAAUGUGUAUAUUGUGUAUUCGUAUUUUGCUCUACUCACCUUAGCGCUUUCUGGUUAACUCUCAAUGGUCUGCAGAUACUUUGCUGGCUAAUAUUGGAGCCCUGCAGAGCAGAGGUGCUUAGCCCUGAAUUCCCUUCCUUUCUGCCACUGUACGGCUAUAUUUUCACUAAAGUUUCCUAUAGCCCCAUGCUAACCCAAAGCCAGAGGGCAUGAGACCCCCACCCCCACCCCAGAGUGGAAGGGGGCAAGAAAGGAGGACCUAAGAGACAGACAGACAAGACUCCAGAAUUGUCACAACUGUGCAAAUUCCCAGAAUGCCCCAGGCCACACCCACCUACUGUAAGCCUGAAGAGAAACAAGCCAAGGCCAGCCCCAUCAUCAGGGCUGGAGUGUGGGAGGACAGCACGGUUCCCUGUUCCUUGUGCAAACCAGGCUUCUUUCCUCUACGGGCCCAAGGAUGUCCACAGAGAAGGCCGUGGUGGCCCUUAGUGAUGGUUUCCAACAGUAUUCCGGGAGGGAGGGUGACAGACACAAGAUAAAGAAGUUGGAAUUCAAGGACCACACCAACAAUAAGCUCUCUGGCAAUUUCUCUUAUCUCUCUUGGGAACUCAGAGAGAAGGAGGUUGUGGACAAAGACAUGAAAACACUGGACAACGACAGAGAUGGUGAAUGUGACUUCCAGAAGUUCAUGGCCUUCCCUGCCACGGUUACCAAUCCCUGCUCCAAGUUGUUUGAACAAAAAUGAGAUGGAGAAAGCAGCGGGGUGCUCCUGUAACAGAGAAAGUCACCCAAAGAGGCAGAGAGCAGGAGCAAGCAGGAGCAUGCAGGCUUGUAGGAGCUGAACUCCCUGGUCAUGCAGUAGCUACUGAGGAAGUUUGAUUUGCUUUGUGAACGAAAAACUGGCAACCUCUUUCUGAGGGCUGUUUCAUAUGGCCUGUACCAUUAUUUCUGCUAUAUUAGACCAGUAAGCUGGCUGGUCCCAGGGACUUUGGUAAUAACCAUUUAGGAAAGUCAUUCUCAGUCAUAAAUGCGCUGUAUGACCACUAUGGCUGUGUAGAGCCCUAGAGAAAGCAAAGCUGACUACCAAAAAUUACCUUGGGGUGUCCUUAACACUUUCACUGCAUUUUAACAUGCAAAGCCUUAUCCAGCAUCAUUCCAAAAGGCUGUGCUUCCUGAGAUCUGCUCAUCAGCACAAAUAAAGCCUAAAGCAUGUAGAGGGCCUGACUGUUCAGCACCACCUACCCAAGAACUGGGUCACAUUUAGGUCCCUGUUCCAGGGAUGACCUGAGAUGACCAAGUACAUUAGACAGUUCUAAAUGGAAUGGUGUGUCUCAUAAACCACAAGUCCUGACAGUUUAACCCCAAUGGAUGGGAAUGCGCCUGCUGGGGAUGAUCCUGAGGUAUGGGGCCAGGGUUCCAGCUCUGACCUGGGAUGACUGUGGGGGGCAAUGUGGGCCUGCCUGCCCCUGAGCUGCAGACCACUGAGUGCCCCACCCCAACCCAGACUGGCCCACUGGGGAGGCCAAAGCUGCCUUUGAUGCUUCUGUGUUCCAAUAAGCCAAAAAGCUGCAAAUAUGAAAAACCACUCCCAGGAAACUCCAAUUAAUUGUACCUGCCCUCUUCCCAUUAAGGGCGCAGAUUAUGGUCAUCUUCAGAGUACUGCCCAUGGCCAUCUGGUGAAUGCAGUGAUAUUUAGCAAUGAGGUAUAUAGCAGUUUUAGUUGGAGAGUUUAUGCACUUGUCAGACCUUGUAUAGCUAUAGCUCUGACGGCCAUUCUAGAAAAAGAGUCCCAAAAUUGCUUUGAAGGGUGGACUAGGUGCUGGCAUCAAUGCAUAGCUUCCCAAGGGGAGUAUCUCAGAGUUGAUAUAGUGACAUUCAUCAAUGAGGUAUGUAGCACUUUCUCUAGGACAAGUUCACAAACUUAAUUGGCAUAUCUCAUACAUUGGAUUUCUCUUUACACAUAGGUUCGUACUAGAAUUUCAAGUUCCAAAUUGUUUCCAAGUGACUUUGAAAUGGAGUUUCCUUAUAUUGCAACAAGACUCAGAAAUAGCAAGCAAUACAGGGGAUCUUCAACACAGAAAUGCCAGGGCCUGUCACACAGAUGGGAACCCAAAGAGGACAAACGCCAUCUCAAAUGCCCUGCCACUGGGCUGGAAGGCUCACAAAUGUGAAUCCACAGGGGAUAAAUGCCGCCACACAUAGCUGGAAGCUCUAAAACCUUCCUCCAAUAGGUGGCCUAAUCCCCCCAUUCUCUGGGCCUCAAAUAAGUGUCCUAAUCCUGUUCCCUGGCAAACCCUUCCAAAUGGUGGCCUAGACCCUCUGGGAACCACAAAUGAGCUGCAAAUUCAAACCAGCUUCCCUAGUUUCACUCACAAUCUCAUGACCUCCACCCCAAAAGGUACCCCAAAAGAAACACAAUUGACAGUAAGGUCUGAAAACACCCCACAUGGGCAGAAUCAGCAUCUCAGCAUACACACUGGGAAAUUUACCCAACAAGAUGCGUAGUGUCUGGACACUUUUCAAAUCCAUUUCCUUUCCAACUCAGUUUAGGAUGCAGGGAGUGCAUCUACUUUGAGGAGACAGAUGGGGGUUCCCCCAGGCUCCAGCAGCUGCUGUGGCCAUCCCUUGUUCCUUUACCUCAAAAAGUUGCUCUGACUCACGAAAACCUAUGGCUUUGACCCAGGGCUGCUCCCUGCCUCUUCUGGCAAUAGGGGCUGCCACGCCACCGGGGAUGCCAAAUUCUGUUUCCAAAAUUUCAGCAUUUGUUCCUGAGGCUGUAUCCGAAGAAGGACGGUAAGUUGUUUGAGGAGAAGGAAAAGAGGUUUAUCAACUUGCCAGCAAAUGAGGAGGUUGACAGGCUCCCCUCUCAAAGCACCAGCGUGUUUUCUUUCUGUUGGUAUCCUAUUCUCUCCAUACGCUGGCUUCUAACUUUCCCAUAGCCCCCAGCUCCCUGAGCAGCCACUUUUAGUCUCUGUGGAGUAGAUCUGCCAUCAGGUCUGUUUCAGGGACAGUUUCAAUUGAUUUUUCCUUUGAAGGAAACACAGUUCACUAUUCCUUUGUAUGCCUGGUGGGUUUUUUGUUGAAAAAUAGGCAUUUAAAUCUAAUCAUUUUAUAACUCUGGAAAUCUGAUUGUCCUCAUUCCCCAGGGUUUGCUGAUUUAAUGUUUUUGUCUAUCGUUUCUGUUUUGAUUGUUGUAGGCUGUGUAUAUUCUCAGGUCUUUUCAGAACCUGGGCUUGCAGUAUCACUUUCUAAUUUUCUUCACAUAUGCAAGUGCUUUUCAAUGUCCUUGUCUUUAAUGUCUGGCUCCCAAGGGAGGAACCAGAAAAGACAGAGAGGGGCUCACAGAAAUGAGAGGAUAUGCCACAAGGGCCCACAGCCUCUUUGCCCCUUUGAAAUCAGAAGCAGCAAUCAGAACAGAGAUCCCUGGGACUUGGAAGGCCCAUGUUGCCAUGCCGGCUCCACAGCACUGUUCCUGGUACACGAGUACAGCUGCCUAGGGGUGGGGCAGCUGCUACUGUUCUAAGAGCUGAAAUCGACCCAAACCAGAUUUACGUCCCAGCCUUUCGCUGGAAGCUGCAAGCCAUCAACACAGUUCCAAAACAGCUAUAUCCAACCACCUGAUUCUACCAGUACAAUUAGCAGUGGGGAGAGAGCUUCCUGGUGCUUUCUGCUCUGUCAUCUUUCCAGAAUCUUCUGUCUUCCCUACAUUUUAAUGUAAAAUAAAUUUUUAACUCACCUUCCUCUGUCACAGCAGCACCACCCACAGGGUGGUUCAGCCCUGCUGCUCUCCACCUGGAGCCAAUGCCAGGCAGUAACACAACUGUGCUCUUUCUUCCCCUCAAAGCUUGAUUUGGUCCCUAGGGUUCAUUUUUCAACAUCUGACUUUUAUGGGGCAUCUGUAGUGAACAUUCAUGAUUUCUGGCCUUUUCAAUUCCUGUAAGAGUCUGAAGAAUCAGUAACUAUACACUUAAUAGGCACUUAAAACAAAUAACAACCUUUCACUUCCUCUCACCUUGCACCAUCCUCAGCAAACUCUACAAUGUCCUUCCGAAAUAUCCUGUUUCUCUCCUUAACCCAAAGGCAGAGCUGAAUUCAGGGAACCUAGGGUGAGGGUGAGGAUGAGGCUGAAGAGCGAGGCUUUCAGACUAGCCACAGGGAGGAGGGAGGACACCAUCCACUUGGAUAUGUUGAAGUCGUUCCCCUUCAAUACAUGAUUUUAAAAUUAAGAAGCAAAUGGCUUGGUGCCCCUAGCUCAGUGAGUAGGGCGCUAGCUAUAUACACUGAGGCUGGCAGGUUCGAGCCCAGCCCAGGCCUGCUAAACAACAAUGACAACAGCAACCAAAAAAUAGCUGGGCAUUGUGGCUGAUGCCUGUAGUCCCAGGUAGUUGGGAGGCUGAGGCAAGAGAAUCACUUAAGCCCAAGAGUUUGAGGUUGCUGUGAGCUGUGACAUCACAGAGCUCUACAGAGGGCAGCAUAGUGAGACUGUCUCAAAAAAUAAAUAAAUAAAAAUAAAAUAAAAUUAAGAAGCAAAAAUGUUAAAACAAUUGGUUUUGAAAUUUUGCAUGUAGUUCAUUUUUAAUUUCCCAUUGCUGAAAUCGAACAUCAUACAAAAGGCUGAAUGCCACUGCCACACACCACCUUAUGACACUGUUGUUGUUGUUUUUUUUUUUUUAAUAUCUAACUUAUAGAGAAGUACUGGGUGGCCCAGUGGCUCACACCUGGGAUCCCAACACUCUGUGAGGCCAAGGUGGGGUGGGGAUAUGGAUCCUGGAGCUCAGAAGUUUGAGACCAGCCUGAGUAGGAGCAAGAUCCCUGUCUCUACUAAAAAUAGGAGAACUAGCAGGGCACUGUGGCAGCCACUACAGUCCCAGCUAUUCGGUAGGCUGAGGCAGGAGGAUCAUGAGGCUGUUGUGAGCAAUCAUGCCACAGCACUCUAGCCUGUGCAACAGAACAAGAGACUGUCUCAAAAAAAAAAAAAAAAAGACUGAGGAAAUGUUUCUUCCCUAACACUUCAGGACCCAAAUUUACAUGAAGUGGAUUCAGAGAAGGGAGUGCUGCUAUUUAUUCUCUCUGCACACAGCAAGUAACAUGCACAUAAUUUCCUCAUAGCAAAACACAGAGGGGCCAACAGGCUUCUUUACCUUUUCCUUAGAAUAGCCUGCAAGGCUUGAGGCCAGGUCUGAGGCAGGAGCUGAGCAAACACCAGAAGUCAGUUACUUAUUUCUCUGCCAUUUACUGCCUCAUUGGAUUAUGCUGAAUAGUCCAGUAGAACCACUUUGAAAUACUGGUAAAUCAGCUAUAUUUAUAAUUUGAAAUUAAGUGUAAGUGACAAUAGUUCACAUAAAGGUAAUAGAACAUUUUUUAAAACCGGAAUUAAAAUAAAUGGAACCAAAAUACUAGUACAAAUGACCCACUAGGUAAAGCAGGGAGCAUAUGGAGGUUAUAAUUCUUAAUGUAAAAAGGCUCCAACAAAUCAGUAAAAACUUAAAACUUGGUAAGAAUUGUCAAAUGUGAUUAGAAUACAUCAAAUAAGAAAUAAAAAUGACCAUAACAUGAGAACACAUUCAACGUGACCAGACCCAACACUUGCUUGCCUAUCAAACUGACUUAUUUUAAUCUUGCGCACUGCGGCCCACUGCCAGCUGCAAAGAGGCCUCUGCCCUGUUGCCAUCCUGUCCCUGAUGAGGAAGCAAGUUCCCAGAGUGUCAUACCUGGUAUGAACUCUGACCUACUCACCCCACCUGUAACAACUGAGCUCCACGCAGCAGUUGUGACCAUGCAUGUGUAAACACAGCCUGAGAGGAGGCACACGGCAGCCUGAAGUGGGACACAUGGCCAUGGAGCACACGCUAUACUUAGUCCUGGCACGACUAUAUGGUAUAGUCAUUAAAAUAUGAAAGAAUAAAUGUAAUGAAUUUUAAAGUCUGUAAUCUAUUAAGUACAAAAGCAGAUUAUAAAAGUAAGUACAUGAUCCUAAUUUUGUAAAACUAAAAAAAUGAAAAAAGUAAGAUUUAUGUCAAGUACUAAUAGUGCCAUUACCCAGAUAAAGAAUUAUAGAUUAUAAUUUCCUUCAUAGUUUAACAUGUUUUGUAGAUUAUAUGCUGUAAACAUAACUGUUUUUUUUUUUGUUUUUUUUUUUUUGAGAAAGUCUCACUCUGUCACCCUGGGUAGAGUGCCAUGGGCAUCAUAGCUUACAGCAACCUCAAACUCCUGGGCUCAAGUGACCCUCCUGCCUCAGCCUCCCGAGUACCUGGGACUAUAGGUGCCCACCACAACACCUGGCUAACUUUUUCUAUUUUUAAUAGAGAUGGGGUCUUGCUCUUGCUCAGGCUGGUCUUAAACUUCUGAUCUCAAGUGAUCCACAGGCCUCGGCCUCCCAGAGU